GUCCUGAUUGGGUGCUUUGACUUUUGGACUCUGCCCCCCUUCUCGGCUUCUGAGAGGACUGGAAAGAGAGGGAGGGGAGUUGAGAUUUUUGGGGCCCGCCUCCAGUCACCUCUGCGCAGGCGCGCAUUGUAGGUAAAGGUGAGCUUAUGUUUAGUGGCCAGGUGGGUCUGGGGUUGCGCGGCUUGGUUCCUUUCGCUUUCCGUAGGUCAGGUCAAGCGGGAAAAUCGUUUUGUUCUAUGGACCUGCGGUCCCUUCGGAAAAGCUACAGGGGGGAUGAGGAGGCUUUUGAGGAGAAGCACCUGUCUUCCCUUGACCCCAUCAAGCAGUUCUCUGUAUGGUUUGAAGAGGCUUUGAGGUGUCCCUCCAUUGGGGAAGUCAACGCAAUGUGUUUGGCCACCUGUACGAGGGAUGGAAGGCCGUCGGCACGGAUGGUACUUUUGAAGGGUUUUAGCCAGGAUGGCUUUCGCUUCUUCACCAACUAUGAGAGCCGGAAAGGAAAGGAGCUGGACUCCAACCCGUUUGCUUCCAUUGUCUUCUACUGGGAGCCCCUCAAUCGCCAGGUGCGGAUCGAGGGCUCCGUGGAGAGGCUCCCCGAGAAGGAAUCUGAGAAAUAUUUCCACAUGCGGCCGAAGAGCAGCCAGAUCGGGGCUGUUGUGAGCAGGCAAAGUACAGUGAUUUCUGACAGAGAGUAUUUGCGGAAGAAAAAUGCAGAACUGGAAGAAGUGUAUCGUGAAGCCCCUGUGCCUAAGCCAGCGUACUGGGGAGGCUACAUCCUGAAGCCAGAAGUCAUAGAGUUCUGGCAGGGUCAAACCAACCGUCUGCACGACCGCAUUGUCUUCAGGCACCUCCAGAGCAACAGCGCGCCCCUGGGGUCCAUGACUCAGAAAGGGGCUGACAACUGGGUGUACGAGAGGCUUGCGCCUUGAAAAACUCGUGGCCUGGGGUGGGAAGGGGUAUUGCCCCGCUUAUGCCAAACUUGGGAUUUUGGUGCCAAAGGUUUUUCUCCCCACCCUCUUCCCUACACACCCAGGAUGGAGCAGAUGGGUAAAGAGAUGGUGGACAGAGUGUUGGACUUGGACAGGGAGACCUGGCUUAAGACCCUUACGAUGACCCUGGGCCUAACUUUCAGCCUAACUUCUCUCAGAGUUGUGAGGAUAAAACCGGGCUGGUUCCCAUCUACACUCCUCUGAGCUCCAGGCUGAACAUAAGUCACACUAAUGUGAUGGAAAUAAGCUAAUUUGGCACAUGGGUUGAUAGUGUAUUUUAAAGCCCUCUCCAAUCUAUCACAUAUUCCAGUGCCAAGAAACCGUGAGAUAUGCAGUUCUGUUAAGGGAGUUUGCAUUCUUAAAACCCUCAAAUCAUACUUUUUAAGGUUUUGAAGGUUGGGAAGCUGUGACUUUUUCCAUUGGUCUUAAUUUUACGGUUUGGAUGCUAUCGUCCAGUUUAAGGGUCCCCGAACUUGUUGAGCCCGUGGGCACUUCUGGAAAUUUGAGAGUAGGUAAUGAGUGCCAUUACAAAAUAAUGGGGCCAAUCACAAAAUAUUGGAAGUUUCUUUCCGCAAUGGUGGCAGCCGUUUCCCUGGAGGCCCAAGAGUCACACUUCCUGAGCUCUUUUAAAGCACUUUCUGGUUCAGUGAGAUGGAGGAAGAGCCAGUCUUGGCACUCUGCUGUGUUGGGGAUUGGCAGUGUGUUGGAGAUCACUGUUCCAGGUGGAGCAUAGUAGGUAGGUUUAUAUUUGGGGCUCCUUAAUAUCAGUAAAUCAGGUAGUCAAGAGCAGGAUUGCCUUGCCCUAAGAGAACACAAAUGAUGUAGUUUAAAAAAAAAAGUGAAGCAUGUAAGCAUGCGUUGCCUCUUGGUGUGAUACUAUUUGAGAGGUUAAUGAGUGCAAAGAAUGCAGUUCAGAGGGCAAGAAUUGGGAAUGGAAGGUGACUUGACUAGGGAUGUGCACAAACCGGCCAUCUAACUAAAGUUCCUCAUGAAUUUUGGCUGGUUCAUGGUUUGCAAAGCAAUGUUCGGGAAUUGGAGAACCACCACAAAACUUCAUGAAUAUUGAUGCAGUUCGUGAAGACCAAAAAGCAGGGAUUUUGCUUUUUGCUGUUCACAAAAAACCAGCUGGGAGCCAUUUAAGCCACUGCUUUCUGCUCCCUAUGAAAAGUGACGGAGAGCAGAAAGGAGUUUAAACUUGAAAUGGUUCGUGAACAGGUACGGACCAGGUCCGUUUGUAAACCAACCUCCCAGUUUGCAUGCAUUUGUGGUUCAGCCAUGAACUGAACUGCAAAAAUGCGGUUGAUACCCAUUCCUAGACAUAACAGUGCUCCAGCACUUAAUGCAGCAUUAGGCACUGGGCAUGUACAUAGGAAUGGGGUGUGCGAAUGACCCACAGUCUCGGAAGCUAGAAAAUCACAGGGGAGGGGGCUGGAAGCUGGAUGUUCUGCUCCCUCUGCCUCAUUUUUGCUUUUGAUUUUAGUUACCACUGCUAUCUGUGCUUUUCAGUAAAAACCAGAAACUUGCUUUUAGAAAAAAAGAAAAAUGGGAGUUGAGCUUCCUAACCUGGCCUGGAUGUUAAAUUGCUAGUCUGGAUAUUUAUUGACGUAUUUGUUUUAUUUUCGAAAAUGUAUACCUGGCCUUUCUACCCUCACGAGAGCCACCAAGAUGACUAAUAGAUUAAGAUAUAAAUAAUAAAAUCACAUUUUAAAUCCAACCUCCCCCCCCCCAACAAAGACCAUUGAACAAUUAAACCCUGACACACAAGGACCAGAACAACAAUUAAAAUAUUGGUCAGAACAGAGAGAUCCCUGAGGGAAUGCCAAAUGAAACAAAAGUCUUCACCCGCUGGCAGAAGAUGGUAGCAGAAGGGGAACGAAUGAAUCUCUCUGCCUAAUCUCAGAAGGCUGGGCCACCCAAAGUAGAACCUCAGAGGAUGACCAUAAUGAUUGGGUGGGCUCAUAAGGGAGUAGGUGGUCCAUUGGGUGUCAGUCUCAAACCGUACAAGACGUGAAGUCAAUCAAGCCCACUCAUAAAGGUUCCCUGAUUCAUUCUGCCAUGUAUCUCCCAAGGUGACAGCUAUUAUAUAUGCUUUACGUGGAAUAAUUUGUUUAAAAAUCCGUAGUGAGUUGUUCCACACAAGACCGUGAAGUGCAAUAAUAAAUCAGUAACUGAUCCUAAUGGAUCAAGAUGUGUUUUCUGUGUGUGUGUGAGAUGCAGUGUUAAUGUUAUUUGUAAAAGAAACUCAGAUUCUCAAAAUUGUCCUUAGCAAUUCCUGUUGUCGCUGUGGUCUGGCCAGUCUGGCAUCUGUGUGCUGCUAUGUGUCAAGUUUCAGUCUCUCUUGUGUACAAACGUUUGGAAAUAAAUGUCUGACCUGGUGACUGAGA